UUGAAUUUGAAGAAGACUUCAAAGACCCAACUAUCCUACUCCAGUACCUGCUACAGCAACUGAAUUCUAUCACUUCUCGGCUUGGUUUCCAAAAUGAAGACACUUGUUUACAGACAAUUAGGGGUUUGAACAACUUUUUUGGCUUACUGGCAGCAGUUUUGAUGGCGCAAUUUUGCAGCUCUGGGACCUCGUAUCAUGAGAUAAAGACUAAGGUCUUCAUCGAUCUCCUCAGAGCGCAAAUGAAGUUUGACACUCAAGAAUGUCAACCAAAAAGAAAAAGAGUACGCCUUGAAAUGGACUUUUCCGUUUGUAAAGGAGUAAUUUUAAGUACUGGUCUUUGGAAUAUUUUAGUCGACCUAGCCAAUAAUGACGCAAAUUUCGGUUACUUAUGAUCAUUGGCAAACGAAUGUUUAGUGACCGUGUUGCAUACGCUUGUUGUUUUAUUGAAUUGCGAAAUGUGUCAUGGUUCGAUUUUACAAGUGUUAUCAAAUAAUGCACUCUUGGCUUACAAUGAGAUAUGGGAGUUCGCUAUCAGUUUAUUCGAACAGUGUUCUACACAGCGAAAUCGUAUGGAAGGUUACAGAAAAAAGUGUUAUUCUUCAGGUCAUCGACUACUGAAUCAUGAUCGAUUAGUGUGUAACCUCUUGUCAGCCCUAUUUUUUCUUGAAAAUGCAGUCGAAAAUAGUUAUUUUAAAUGCUCAAAUAUAUCUGUCAUCUGUACACGGAUAUUUAGAUCACUCAAUAAAUGCUUGGAGCUAGAUGCAUGCCACCUAAACAACUCUCCUUGGCGUGUUCGUUUGAUGGUUUUAAGCAGUGAUAAUAUCAAGUUGUCGCGAAAUUUAAUCCCUUGUGAUGCCUUUAUUGGAUCAAAAAUUCCGAAUGUUUUAUUAUUCUGCCCGUGUAUCAGUUUCCUGUUAAAUAACUAUGUGAAAAUUUGGAAUGCUGAAGGUGACUUCAUGGCAAAUGAAACAACAAAUACUGAAGUUCCUUUGGGAAUGAGUAAUUUGUUAAGUGGUAUUCUCUGGGCAUACAAAAGUUUAUUAGGCGAACCCACUCCUACUAUUCAAUCUUCUAAUCCUUGGUUUUAUACAGACAAUGACUUGAGUCAGCCACUAUUUAGUAGUCAAGAUCAUAUUGAAGCUAUUGAUUUUAUCAGAAAAGCUAUAUCAGUUCACACUCAUUUGGAUGCAGAUUUGCUUAUUACUGAAGAGAAUUUACCUAUUUUGGUUAUCCUUCUGACUACAGAAUUAUCAUUUAUUCGGUUUAAAUUUCGUUUGUUAAAGAGUGAAUGUAGAUAUCUUAAUGAGCUAACACCUUUUUAUGUUGUAUUGAUGAAACGGGUUUUAGAGCGAACAAUGCAUAGUUUGGUAUUGAGCAUUCAGGAUUCCAGUGACAAAGAUACAAAUAGAAAAUCUGACUUCUUCGUCCAGCUUUGUAGCAGUGAUUGUCAUCACGAUUGCAGAAGAAUAGAGGUCUUCUUGAAGUCUUUCGAAGUUUUGUUAGAAUCACUAGCCUUUGGUAUCGAUGAUGUGUCGCAGAUCUUGUCAACACACAUGGAACAAUUGAUAAAUAUGUCGACCACUCGUACUGAUCAUUCAACCUCUAAAGAAUGUACAGACGUACAGUUUGUUCCGGACAAUUCAUUUAAGCCCAUAGUGGCGUCUAGCCAAUUGAAGCAAACUCACUUUGGAGAUGAAGAUUUUAAUGAUUGUAAUUCACCUGUAGUUACUGAAACACUAGACAUUCAAGAUAACCAUGAUAGUUAUGAAGAAAUCCGGACAAGGAACAGUUCUCGUUUGUCUGUACGAAUUCGUUUGCUCACUUGCCUGUUACUUUAUGGUCUUAGAAGUAACAACACCAGCCUACUAAGACAAAUUCACAACUCCUUACAUGAAUCAUUUGGAAGAACUUUUUUGGAUGAUAAAGAGUCUAUCAAAUGGCUAUGUAAACUUACCGAAAAUAUAUCACAGUCUAUACGUAAAGCAUUUUGUGGUACAAAGUAUGGCUGUAAGUUGAGCAGUGAUCUUGCAGAAGUGAUUAUAUUCUUUAUCAGUUCUAUGAUAGAUGCCAUUCGCCAAGUCCUUCAAUCCGUCAUAGCGCACUGCAGUCAGUUUUUGCGUAUCUCUCCAGUUAUUAAGUUAAUUCAUUCGCUUUGUCAGUUAUCCGACUGCAUUGUGUGUGUUCAUCAGAUUCACAAAGAAACACUUCAUAGUGAGACAGAUAGUUGGAAAUUAAUUGGCAAACAUGCUGACCAAUUAAUUCGAACUAUUUGGUCUGUUGGAUCUAAGUUUUCGAAAUCUUUACGGGGAUUUGAACUUGGCCCUGUUAAUUGCUUAGAGUCCUGGAUGAAACUUUAUUCUGCGAAAAUAAUUGAUACACGAAGUGGUCCAGAAUAUUGUUUAGCUCCAGCAUUUCAACAUAUUACACCGAUUGCGACUUUUCAAUUGGCCAACUUCCUUCAGAGGUAAACUCUUCAGUAAACUUUAAUUCUCGUUUUUCUGAUAUUAUGCUGAUACUUACAUAACAAAGACCUAUUUAUUUUAUAAAUUUCUUAGUGGCAGCUAGUUGUGGAAUCCAGGGCUUGCGUUUCAUUCUAUUUGGGACUUACCAACUGGAUGUACUUGUCUCCCAGUGAUUGGUGUUUUCACUGCAGCUGAACCCAGCACCUAUUGCUUCAAACGCCUGAGCGUUAUUCGCUGGGCAACAAGAAAGACUCCGCAUACAAGCCCAUAUGCAAACAGUGGUCAGUUGAUUUGACUUAAUAUAACCACGGGGAAUUACAAACUAAUAAAU